AUGAAUAUUGAAAUUUUUACUGCUAACCAAAAAAUAAAACAAUUCAAAAAACGUACAAAUGCGUUUUUAUUUAUAUUGGAUGCAGCUGAUUGCAUAUUCAAAAAUCUAAAUUUUGAAUAUGUCUAUGUCAUUGAAGCAGCGUUGAGCACGACAACAAGUACAACUUUGACUGCAACAACAGCAUCAACAACAACGGUAUUAACAACCAGUACCACAACAACCUCGACAACAUCGACAACAACGGCAUCGACAACAAGCACUACAACAACAUCGACCACAUCAACAACAAGCACCACAACAACAUCGACAACAUCAACAACAUCGACAACAACUACAACAUCGACAACAUCAACAACAAGCACCACAACAACAUCGACAACAUCGACAACAACUACAACAGCUCCAGUAUCAAGUAUUUGCGUAACUAACACCAGUGCAAACCUCUAUAACAAUCAAUUUGUUUAUUCACCUACUUCUCAAAUUUAUGCGACUGGUCUAUUAAACAAUCAAUUUGGUGUCUAUAUAGCAUAUGGCUAUGCGAAUGUUACUUCAACAGCACUUUGGACAGCAGCUCAGAGUUCAAUAUCUCAAGCAUACACUCUUGCUUUACAAGCAGAUCGUAAUUUGGUUGUUUAUUCUUCGACUAGUGGUGCGUUGUGGAAUACUGCUACCAAUAAUGGAGGUAUUGGAUCACCAUUUUGCUUCCAAAUGCUAGAUUCUGGAAAUUUGAUAUGGACUGAUGGUACGAACACUAUUAUUUGGCAAACAAAUACUGUACAAACUGGAUAA